UAGUGUAGGCUUGCUCAAGGUGGGGAGGAGUCCCACCUCACCUGGAUGGGAAAGGGUUAAAUGAAUGCUAUUACUAAUUAUUUACAGGCAAGACCGGCUAAUUCACCAUCAUGGGUUUCUCAUAGGAUCUCCAGCCUGCCUGGUCCCACGGGACGCCUUGGCUGUGUCCCAAAGGAUACUCUGGGGUCAGCAGCAGAGUGGGUAGGCCAGAAGGCCCCGGCUAAGGGGGCCCAACCUCUCCCAUGCCUCCCUCCCAGCUGUCACUCACAGGUUCCCCAAGACAGCCAAUGGGAUGCCCCCAGGAAAUGGAGGCCUCCGGGUGUAUUAAAAAGGGGGCUUGCAGUUGCAGAACCUCUGGAGACAGUGAAGGAAAAGGAUUCCAGGUUCCUGCCUUCUCUUUACCAGCUGCCUUGGCUUAAAAUCAAGGAUGCAACCAGCUGAAAAAUUCAGUUUUGAACGCUGCAGAGAGACGGCGGACUGGCUGCUAGCCCGGACCAAGCAGCGCCCCAGAAUUGCCAUCAUCUGUGGCUCUGGACUGGGCCCUCUCGCUGACAGCCUGCAGCACCAGGAGUCUUUCAAAUACACGGACAUCCCCAACUUUCCACACAGCACAGUGACGGGCCACGACGGGCACCUCAUCUUUGGGGAGCUGCAGGGCAAGCUGUGUGUCUGCAUGAAGGGGCGCUUCCACAUGUAUGAGGGAUACCCUCUUUGGAAGGUCACCUUCCCAAUCCGGGUCUUCAAACUCUUGGGCAUAGAGACGCUGCUGGUCACCAACGCAGCUGGAGCUUUGGCAGAUUCAUACAACAUUGGGGACCUGAUGGUUAUCCGGGACCACAUCAACUUGCCGGGCUUGGCUGGCCACAACCCACUGCUUGGGCCCAACGAGGAAUGGUUUGGGCCCCGUUUCCCCUCCCUCUCUGAUGCCUAUGACAGGGAGAUCCGCACUUUGGCGAUGGAGACAGCCAGGUCCCUUGGAUACACCUCCUUCAUCAGAGAGGGAGUAUACUGCAUGGUUGGAGGCCCCAACUUUGAAUCAAUCGCCGAGGCCCGGCUGCUGCACUCCCUUGGGGCAGACGCUGUGGGCAUGAGCACUGCAGCUGAGGUCGUCGUGGCCAGACAUUGUGCAUUACGGGUCUUUGGUCUCUCGCUGAUCACCAACAAGGUGACCAAGGACUAUGACACGAAAGAGACUGUUGGACAUCAUGGGGUGCUGGGAGUGAGCCAGAGGCGAGCUCCCACACUCCAGACAUUCCUGACAGAGCUGGUGGGCAGACUGGACUCUGGUGGCAGCAGCAGCACCGCCACCAGCAGCGAAGAGACAGACAAAGCCACCUAUCAGAAUGGAGCCUGAAGGUAUCGUCUGCAGAACCAAGGAAGCACUGCAUGGUGCAAACCCCUUCAUAAAUCUCUAGAUCCAUCUGGGCAACUUAAAUCUAAAUAAAUAAAUACCUUUAUUUAUUAGCCGCCUCCAUAACAAAUUGUUCUCGGUGUGGGCUCACAAUCCAACACUAAAACAUCCAAUAAAAACACAUCCAAUCACAACACACACACACAAAUACAGAACAAUUUAAAAACUUGUUUUUAAAAAAUCAAUUUCAAACUGACUUUUUUCCUCUGAGUAAGACUUGUGAAGAGGCAGCAAUGGGCAGAGCCACCCAUGAGAAUCCAAAGACAAUCCAGACUGAGAAUCCAAAAUCUUCAGCUUGCCUGAGUCUAAACCAAAGUAAUAGCCUCUUGACAAUUGUUGGGACUGGAAUUAUUUCUUGCCAUUUUUAUUAUCACUUGGCCUUAUCUUAUUCUUAGCUUUGCAGCUCAGCUGACUUUAGCCACUCUUUGCUUCUUGGACGAAGAAGAAUAUGAUGCAACUGUAAAAAUAUUCAAUUAAAAAUGUAAAAUGCAGGUAGGUGAUAAAGACAUGUUUAUAAGAUAAAUUUGAACUGAUUGUUUUGUCAUGGCUCUGGAAAAUGUGGGGAGUGGAAUUUAGUAGGGGUUGUAGGGAUUUCUAGCAGACAACUCUGUGUUCAAUUUUUUAAGAAGGCUUUCUUGUGGGAGUCACGCAGUGAUGUGGGUUUUCCUGGAGAUAAUUGUUGCAAUUGCAAUUGCAAUAUGAUUUAGCAUGUAGAUCUGACUUAUAUUUAGUAAAUGAAACUAAAAAUG